AUGAUUGUAAUUCUCCUGGUGUCUAUGUCUGUGGUGGUGUACAGUGGUGGCCAAGAACUGGAGCCGCCAGCAUUCCUGCCAGAGCUGCUUAACACACCUGAAAGAAUCUUGAACAAUGCCACGCUCUUCAACGGAGUCUUUCAAAAUGUGGAAAGUGUUGCAUUAUUUUUUGACUGCCUGGGCUCCCACUUCACCUGGUUACAGUCCAUUUUCACUAACUUCCCUGCCCUCCUCAACUUUGUGAACAAAAUGAAGUGUGUUACUGGGUUUUGUCCCAGGGAUUUUGAAGACUAUGGUUGUUCCUGCCGGUUUGAGAUGGAAGGGCUCCCUGUGGAUGAAGCUGAUGAAUGCUGUUUUCAGCACCGCAAAUGCUACGAGGAAGCACUGGAGAUGGAGUGCACGUGGGACCCAUCAAAGAUUUCUGCAGAUGUCAGCUGCUCUGCUAAAAACCUGACCUGUGAGUCUGCGGAUCCCUGUGAACAGUUCCUCUGCACCUGUGACAAAGAUGCCAUUGAAUGCUUCAUGAAUGCACAAAUUAACUCCUCUUUGAAUGGACUGGAUGUCUCCUCCUGCCCGUCUCCAGUUACAGAAACAACCAGCAAGAGUGAGCUGACAACACAUCACAUGGAGGAGUUGGUUCAUCAAGGGACUGAUGAAACACAGGCUGUGACUGCAUCUGUGGAAGAAGUGGCUUCUUUUAAGCCCCAUGACAUAGUCUUGGCAACUUCCAAAGCCAGAGUUAUCUCAAGGGACCACAGAAGCACAGCUCCUGCUCCCCCCAUCCUCUCGAUAAAAGAAGAAGAGAGAUUUAUGGAAGCACUGGUCCCAGUGGAAGAGAUAACCACCUCCCCAGCCUCAUUCACAGGACACAGCAACUCAAUGCAAGUCAAAAUUGACCCCACCAACAAGAGUCCUGCAGGUACACCUGCAAGGACAAAAGAAAAAGAGACAGGCCCUGCAAGUGGUGGCCUGAGCACAGCUUCCUCCAGAAUAACUCUGGACCUGGGACUGCCUGAGAAAGGACCUGCAGGAAAAGUGUGCGAGCGAUUGACAUUUCUGCAAGAGAGAGGACGUGGAGGAGUGCAGAGGGAGCUGCCCCAGCUUGGAGAAAUGCUGUUCUGCUUAACUGAGCGAUGCCCAGAGGAAUUUGAGUCUUAUGGCUGCUAUUGUGGCCAAGAGGGGAGAGGUGAUCCCAUCGAUGCACUGGACAGAUGCUGCUUCUCUCAUCAUUGCUGUAUGGAGCAAGUUAAGAAACUUGGAUGCCACACAGAAAGAAAUUUGAGAUCUGAAGUUAUAUGUUUUGAUAACACACCAAAAUGCAUUGGCUGGAGCACGUGUGAGAAGCUCCUCUGUUCCUGUGACAAGGCUGCAGCAGAGUGCAUGGCUUCUGCCUUCUUCAACGAGAGCCUGAAGCUUCCCCACGGGCAGGAGUGCCGAGAGAAGAAGCUCUCCUGCCCAGGUGACCCUGCUGAAAGGCCUCCAACAGGCACAGAAACAGGCACAGGGGGUUCCAGCUCCGAGGAGAGCAGUGAGGAGGAAGGAGCCCUGCAGAGAGGAUUCAGAAGAGCCAAGAGAGGGACGCAGCAUCACGUCGGGAACUCCAGAAAUGUGGGACACGAGGGCAGAUAA